GUAUGUCAGCUGAUGGGUGCUGUAUGUCACGUGAAACAAAAGCAGGAAGUUGUGUGCUGUCUUGUCAGUGUUGUCGGAAAUGUGUCAAUUUGUUGUAGGAAAAUGUGAAUUUUGUCACUUAUAAAUUGCAUUUUUCCUCUAUAUGCCGUGACGCGGAUCAACUGGAUAAAUGAGUUUUCGUGCUUUGUGGAUUAUUACACACAAUGAAGGUGAAAAUGCUUCAGUUCGCUUUUCAAGGAGGUGGGCUACAGUGGAGUACCGUGCUAAGAGUCUUGGAGGCACCUUGUAUGUCGAGGUUCCGGAAGACACCUCAGUGCUCAGACUCCUGCUCACCGAACUGGGCCUGUCAGACCCGCACAAGCCAUUUGUCCUCCUUCGAGAUGAUUGCCGCCGCUGUCCGAAGACGCCUGUUCAUGAGCUCCGCGUUGGUCCUGGCCAGGAAACCCUCUGGCCAGUGGUGGCUGUCACUCAUGGACCUCUCAUUCUAGCUUGCCUAGGUCUAGUGGACGUCCCCCUAGAGCCCCGUCCACCUCUAAUCAACCUGCUGUGUGUCUCACAGGCCAUCACAUUUCUGCUCGGAUUACAGAAUUUUCUCCUGGGCUCAGGGGAUAAACUCGAUAAUGAGGUUAUGGCCUCUCGCCUGGCAACCCUUCCCUCCGUACUUCUGCAGGUUUGCCCUUUUGGUACGCCUCUAGAUGUGCCCUCUGUCGGGGCUACUGCCACAUCUUCUGUGCCCCUUCCGGCUGGGAACCAGAAGCAGCCAGCCUGGAAGACGGGCUUUCACCGGGGACGUGCUGUAGUGAAUACAGCCCUGACAGAAACUGUGCGCUCCAUGCAGUUCGGUGACCCAAGUAAACAGGACACGUGGGACGUGUACGGCACUCUGAUGUGCAAAUGUGAAGUGGAGGGGGUUCUCCCAGACGUGACAGUGACCCUCACUCUGCCGCCCAAUGGGUCACCGCUGCAGGACAUCGUGGUGCAUCAUUGCGUCACCUCACUGGAUCCCAGUAUCUUGACUGCAUGCAGCGUCGACAAGUAUGACGGCUCAUCCUUCUCCGGACCCUACAAAUUUCCAUUCUCUCCACCUCUGGAGCCCUUCCGACUGUGUGGCUACACAUCACAGGUACCCGUACCACCCAUCCUUGGCUCAUAUCAACUAAAGGAGGAGGAAAACCAUCUGCUUGUGUCAGUGACUCUGAAACUUCAUGAAAGUGUGAAGAAUAGUUUUGAAUUCUGUGAAGCACACCUACCUUUUUUUAACAGGCCUCUGAUGGGUACUGUUGAUGUUAAAGUGAGCUCUGGACAUGUGGACGUUUCCAAGGAGAAGAACUUGAUGGCAUGGAUUCUUGGACAAAAGUUUCCUAAAUCUCGUGAAGUCACAUUGGAGGGCAGGAUCGCCUUUUCAGGGCCGACGGCAGGACCUACUGAUCCCAUUUGUUUCGACCUUACAGCCUACGUCAAAAUGUACUUCAAAGUGCCUGACACAACACUCUCUGGAUGCUAUGUGGACCAACACUCAGUACAGGUGUAUUCCUCCGCUAAACCUAAAAUAAUAACUUCUCGGGAACUUCAAUCGGAGGACUAUUUCAUAUGGAAUUCAACAAGUACUCCUCCCAUUGGCCAGUUGUUGCUUUAGGAUGGACUCAACUCACAAAACGAAGGAGACAUUUAAUUUUGUUAGACACGUGCAGAUUUCUUUUUCUUUUACUGCAGAGCUUAGUUUGCUGCACGAUGUAUGCACAUAUCAUUUGUGUGACAAUCAAAAGUCAUUUGUAGUUUUUGGUGAUUAAACUGGACAUUUAAAAUUUUAA